AUGUCCCGAGCAGACGCUUACAAUGACAAGAUUUGCACAAGGGCUUUGCUUUCACCGUUUAUCAAUGUUCUCGGUUCGAAUCACGUUCUUUGUAUGGAAAAUAUGGAAAAUCAUGAUCCAGACGACAAGUGCAAUGUCCAUCGCAACUGUCCAGUUGAAGAUGCUGUGAGUAUCUUCUCGAGAAUGUCUGCGUACAAAAAAGUGGAGAGCUUUGAGGAGGAAACUUUGUGUCCCAUCUGCUUUGACUUUCUUCAACCACCCAUCCUUAGACCAAGUGAUUGCAACCACUACUUUGUCAAGACUGCCUACUAA